AUGCAAUCAACAUCUAUUGUUCAAAGCGUUGAUGACCAAUCUGGCCAAAGCUCAUCAACCAAAACAAUGGCCACUGCAACUGGUGGAGUGAUCGACAAGAAGGCUAAGCAUCAAGAAACGUCUCCCCAAUCUUUGCAACAAAAAGAUAAAUUGAUAGCUGUAGUCGGAGCUGCAAUUAAUGGUCUGUCAAACGUGUUGCUCAGGGGUGUCACCCUAGACCCAGCAAUCUUUUCUGAAGAAAUAAAGGCAACUAUUGAAAAUUCGUUGAAUCACUUGGCAAAAGUUGUUUCUUCACAAGGAAUUGGACAAAACGGAUCAAGCGGAUCUACAAUGGAGCACGAAUUCACGGCCAGCCCAUCACCAAUUCCAACGGAACAUUUGGAUGGAAGCAGAGGAACGACUGCUGAGAUUGCUGACCAACCCGAGACAUUGCUCGUAGAAAAUGAAAAUAGAAUGGAGCAGAACGACAAUCCAGAUGUUGAUGUCACUCUCCAGGCUCAGGUUGUUGAAUCUGCUAAAAAUACUGAGCAGGUGCAGACUGAUAAUAUCCCACAAAAUGAUGGAGUCGUGGAUGGAGUGGAACAAAUCGACAACAGUGGAGAGCUUGAAGUGGAAAAUAUUGCUGUCGGAGUUCCUCAUGAGCUCGUCGAAUUGGAGGACAUUCAAGUUGAACCGAGUCAUGAGCAUGGCGCCAAGGAAAUCGUGGAAGCUGAGAAAACCCAAAUUGAAGAAGUUUGUGAUGUAGAGCUCACCAGUACAUCUCAAAAGAAGGCCAAAAUCGACAAACAUAACUUAUUGAAUUAUGCCAAUCUUGAAAACGAGAAUUCUGUGAAGACAUAUCAGAUGCAAAACUUUGAGCACCAUUUGCUACUCCAAAAAGCAUAUGAUUCAAAGAGAAAGAAUGAAAAUCAGCCACCGACACCACCAAAUUUGAGCCUGGAUGAGUCGUCUUCGAUUCUCCCCAUUGAACAAGAAGAACCGCAAACGAACGGCAAGGAGUCAGAAGCAGGGAAUAAUGAUGAAAUGGACACUGAUGAUGGAGUGCAAAAGAUGGAAAUUGAUGAAGCCACUGUCAAUGCCACUACAUCUCAGCGUGAAACGGAUUGCUGUGAAAAAGAAGGACUGAUGUAUGAAGUUUCAAAUUUAAUGUGUGGCAAUAUUUCCGGAGAAUGUCGUAUUCGCGAGGGUCACGAGUACUACAAGAGCGAAUCAUCCUGCUACUGUGCCCCGUGCUUCAACAGUCAGGAAAUCAAUCCGUCGGACAAGGCAGAGUACCGACAUGAAGUACACAUCAAAAAUAUCAAGGAGGAGAUAUUAAGAUGUGUUCUCUGCAAAAGGAACUGGCAUAAAACCUGUUACUUUGAAAAAACAGGGAUCGCUUUCACUCCACACAAAAAUGCUCUUUUCAUGUGCACCUGCUUGAUUGGUCCCCUUGAAGAGAUGUCAACAGCAGAAAGCAUCAAAGAAACCCGUCUGAGUCAAGACGCAGAGAAGGACGUCAACAUGAAGCUCCAAAGGAUGAUUCCGAAUCUGAAGAAGGAAGAGCACGUGUUGAUAAGAGAGCUCAGCUACGUCCAAGCGGAGGCUCUGAUAAGCAGAUUACGGUUUCCGGAUUAUACAUUGAAACAAUUCAAAGAGCUUUAUGGAAACAGCGUUAAAUACAGAAAAAGGACACUCGCCGCCUACCAAAAGAAAGAUGGAAAAGUGCAGUUGUUUCUGAUGAUCUUCCUUCAACAAUACAGGGACUUGCAAAAGAAAGAAGGAAACAACUGGCAAGUGCUCCAAUAUUUGGACACAGUUCCCCAUGCACAGCGGCCUGGUGGAAUGCUUUCUGGUACGGUAAUGAACUCCGUUAUGUACCAAGUGAGCCGCAUGGGGUACGACAAAGCUUUCGUGUGGGCUAAGCCACCUCAGCAGGGAGAUGAUUAUGUGUUUAACAAACAUCCAAAAAGUCAAGAAAUGCCAGAUCUAAAUAAAUUGCUGCUCUUCUACAACAAAUCUUUCGAACAUGCUGAGGCAGCUGGAGAAAUCGAAAAUGUUGAAACUUUUGAGGAAUAUUUCAAGGACAAGAAACCCAUCACUCUAUUCGACAUCCCCAUGUUUCAUAACAGCCUCUGGGACAUCAUGAUUAACUGGGCGGAUUACACGAUGAAAAAGGAAAAAUUAUGGAAGAAAGGAACACCGAAACACCAACAGAUUAUGACAGUGAUGGAAAUAUAUUUUCAAAAACAUAAAGAGGACAAUUUCUUCAUCGUCUUCAAAAAUAACAAUGACAGAAUUGUUGAGGACGAACCAGAAAUGAUUCCUGUAGAUGCAGGAAGAAAACCAAAAACUGCCAGCAAAAUCUUUUCGAGUCGUGAUGAAUUCCUCACACUGUGCGUAAGGAACAAUUGGGUAUUUUCUGAUGAGCGCCACGGAGCAUUCUCGACAGCGGCUAUCACCAAACACUACACUGACAUGAAGAAAAAGGAAGAACUAGCUGCAAAUGCCUCAGCUGCUCUAGUUCCUCUAGCGAGAUUGACACGAAAAAGAAGAGCUUAA